AUGGAUAUUUCCAAGCCAGUUGGGUCAGAAAUUAGUUCUGUAGACUUUAACGUUUUUUCCGCUGAGGAAAUUCGUAAUCUUUCAGCAAAACAAAUUACGAAUCCAACGGUUUUAGAUAACUUAGGUCAUCCAAUUUCUGGUGGUCUUUAUGACUUAGCACUUGGUGCAUUUUUACGUAACCUUUGUGCUACAUGUGGUUUAGACGAAAAGUUUUGUCCAGGUCAUCAAGGUCAUAUUGAAUUACCGGUACCUUGUUAUAAUCCGCUUUUUUUCAGUCAACUUUACAUUUAUCUGAGAAGUUCCUGUCUUUAUUGUCAUCGUUUCCGUCUGAGAUCUAUUGAAGUUAACCGAUUUGCAUGUAAAUUAAGAUUGUUGCAAUAUGGUCUUGUAGAAGAAUCCUACCAAUUAGAUCAGUUACGUGUAGGUGACUUACAGGGUGGUAGCGAUGAUGAAGAUGAUAACGAUGAAGCAGUUGAGGACAAUAACACUUCUGAAACACCUGCUAAAAAAUCUUUGAAAGAUGCUUCUUCUGCUAUGCUAAAGGAAUUAUUACAAAAGCGUAAGGAAUUCGUGGACGUUGCAAUUGCCAAGGCGAUUUCUGAAGGUAAAGCUAGUCAUAAGGGUGUUUUCACCAUUAUUACCAAUGAGGAACGUAAGAAGGUGAUACACGACUUCCAUAGAAGAUUACUCAGUAGAGCUAAAUGUGAUAACUGUGGUAUGUUUUCACCAAAAUUUAGAAAAGAUGGAUUCACCAAAAUCUUUGAAACUGCCCUUACAGAUAAGCAAUUAACUAAUAACCGUGUUAAAGGUGUCAUUCGUCAAGAUAUGAUUAAAAAACAACAACAAAGUGCCAAAUUAGACGGUGAAGAAAAGGCUAACGAUGUUGAUGAAGUUUUCAGUCUUGGUAAGAACCCUUCUGCAAGACCAAAGACAGGUUCUACCUAUAUUUUAUCGACUGAAGUGAGAAAUAUUAUGAGGGUGCUCUUCAAAAAGGAACAAGAAAUCUUACAAUAUGUUUUCCACUCAAGACCGAACCUUUUAAGGAAAUCUGUAACUCCGGAUGUAUUCUUCAUGGAAGUCGUUUUAGUACCACCAACCAGAUUCCGUCUUCCUUCUAAAUUAGGUGAAGAAGUUCAUGAAAAUACCCAAAAUCAAUUGUUAUCAAAGGUUUUAACUACAUCUUUACUCAUUAGAGAUUUAAAUGAUGAGAUGUCAAAUCUACAAAAGGAUAAAGUUUCCGUUGAGGAUAGAAGAGUAAUUUUCAGCAGGUUAAUGAAUGCCUUUGUGACUAUUCAAAAUGAUGUUAAUAGUUUUAUUGAUUCGACAAAGGCACAAGGAAGUACCGGUGGUAAGGUCCCUAUCCCAGGUGUCAAGCAAGCUCUAGAAAAGAAGGAAGGUCUGUUCAGAAAACACAUGAUGGGUAAGCGUGUCAACCAUGCUGCUCGUUCCGUCAUUUCUCCAGACCCUAACAUUGAGACUAACGAAAUUGGUGUUCCACCAGUUUUUGCAACUAAAUUGACUUAUCCAGAACCAGUUACCUCUUAUAAUAUUGCAGAGUUACGUCAAGCGGUAAUUAACGGUCCUGAUAAAUGGCCAGGUGCUACCCAAAUUCAAAAUGAAGACGGUAGUUUGGUUUCAUUGGUUGGUAUGACUUUAGAGCAGCGUAAUGCCUUGGCAAAUCAACUAUUGACACCAUCAUCCAACCCAGCUACCCACACUUUGAACAAGAAGGUUUUCCGUCACAUCAAAAAUAGAGAUAUUGUCAUUAUGAAUCGUCAACCAACUUUGCAUAAAGCUUCUAUGAUGGGUCAUAAGGUUAGAGUUCUACCUGGUGAGAAGACUUUACGUCUUCACUACGCCAACACUGGUGCUUAUAACGCAGAUUUUGAUGGUGAUGAAAUGAAUAUGCACUUUCCUCAAAAUGAAAAUGCUAGAUCUGAAGCAUUCAACUUGGCCAACACAGAUUCUCAAUAUUUAACACCAACUUCAGGUUCACCAUUAAGAGGUUUGAUUCAAGAUCACAUUUCUGCUGGUGUUUGGUUGACCAACAAGGAUAGUUUCUUCACAAGGGAUCAAUACCAGCAAUACAUCUACGGUUGUAUUAGACCCGAGGAUGGUCAUUCUACAAGACCAAAAAUUGUGACUGUACCUCCAGCUGUUAUGAAGCCAGUGCCAUUGUGGACCGGUAAACAAAUCAUUACUACUGUCAUAAUGAAUGUGACGCCAGCCGACAUGCCAGGUAUUAAUUUACUGUCCAAAAACAAAAUCAAGAAUGAAUACUGGGGCCAAGGUUCUACUGAAAACGAGGUCAUCUUCAAAGAUGGUGCACUAUUGUGUGGUAUUUUGGAUAAAUCUCAAUAUGGUGCUUCUAAAUACGGUAUUGUUCAUUCUUUACAUGAAGUCUAUGGACCGGAAACUGCUGCAAAAGUUCUCUCUGUCCUUGGUAGACUAUUCACCAACUUUAUCACAAACACCGCUUUCUCAUGUGGUAUGGAUGACUUACGUUUGACAGCCGAAGGUAACAAGGAUAGAAAGGAUUUAUUGAAGACGUCUACCGAUGUUGGUCGUCAAGCUGCCGCUGAAGUCACCAAUUUACCAACUGAUACACCAUCCAAUGAUCCUGAGCUUUUGAAAAGAUUGGAAGAAAUCUUACGUGAUGAUAACAAAUCAGGUAUUUUGGACGCUGUUACAUCUUCUAAGGUUAACUCAGUUACAUCUAAAGUGGUCUCUACUGUGAUUCCAAAGGGUACCAUGAAGAAAUUCCCUCAAAAUUCCAUGCAAGCCAUGGCUUUAUCUGGUGCUAAAGGUUCCACCGUUAAUGUUUCUCAAAUUAUGUGUUUGUUAGGUCAACAAGCCCUAGAAGGUAGAAGAGUGCCUGUAAUGGUUAGUGGUAAGACACUGCCAUCAUUCAAACCUUUUGAAACAGACUCCAUGGCUGGUGGUUAUAUCAAGGGCCGUUUCUACUCAGGUAUCAAGCCACAGGAAUACUACUUUCACUGUAUGGCUGGUCGUGAAGGUUUAAUUGAUACCGCUGUUAAAACCUCUAGAUCUGGUUACUUGCAACGUUGUUUAACUAAACAAUUAGAAGGUAUUCAUGUGUCUUAUGAUAACACUGUUAGGGAUGGUGACGGUACUUUAGUCCAAUUCUUAUACGGUGGUGAUGCGGUGGACACUACAAAAGAAUCCCAUAUGACUCAAUUCGACUUCUGUCUAGAAAACUACGAUGCGUUAUUGAGGAAAUACAAUCCUUCUGCACUAGUCGAACACUUAGACGUAGAAUCUGCCCUCAAAUACUCUAAGAAGGCUUUGAAGAGUAGGAAGAAGAUUGAUAAAGAACCACAUUACAAGAACUCAGAUAAAUAUGAUCCUGUAUUGUCCAAAUAUAACCCAGCAAAAUACUUGGGUUCAGUCUCUGAAAAGUUCCAAGACAAAUUGGAGGGCUUUUUGGAUUCUCAUUCAAAGCAAUUAAAACUACAUUCUGGUAUAAAUGAAAAGAAAUUCAGAGCUCUGAUGCAGUUAAAAUACAUGAGAUCCUUGGUUAACCCUGGUGAAGCUGUUGGUAUCAUUGCAGCUCAAUCCGUUGGUGAACCUUCCACGCAAAUGACCUUGAAUACUUUCCAUUUUGCUGGUCACGGUGCUGCUAACGUUACCUUAGGUAUUCCUCGUAUGAGAGAAAUUGUCAUGACAGCAUCAGCUGCCAUUAAGACUCCUCAGAUGUCUCUACCUGUGUGGAAUCAUGUGUCUGAUGACCAAGCUAGUAUCUUCUGUAAAUCCAUUACCAAGGUUGUGCUUUCUGAAGUUGUCGACAAGGUCACUGUUACCGAAACUACAGGUGUUUCAGAACACGGUAGCCCAGCUCGUUCCUACGCUGUUCACAUGAAAUUCUACGGUAAGGAUGCAUACGGUGAAGAGUACGAUGUUUCUAAGGAAGAAUUGCAGAACGUCGUUGCAACGAAAUUUUUGUACUAUUUGGAAAUGGCUAUCGUCAAGGAACUCAAGAAACAAAAGAAGACUUCCAUGCCCGAUAUUGGUGUUGCUGUGCCUAAAUCGCAAACCGCAUUGGGUUCAGGUGAGGGUCCUACUAGUGGUAGUAAUGAGGACAACGAUGAGGAAGAAGCGCGUCAAAAAACCAAACAAGCUGUUUCUUAUGAAGAACCUGAUGAAGAUGAAAUCGAAACCAUGAGACAAGCCGAAAAGUCAUCUGAUGAGGAGGGCCUUGACUCUGAUAUGGAUUCUGGUGAAUCUGACAACGAAUCUGAGAAGGACGAAAAGGACGAAGAGGAAGACUCUAUCGAGUCUGCCAUGACUGAGGCUAACAAAAACAUGAGUAAAUCUCAACGUGAUCGUCAACAUGCUGUUAUCUCAGAACACAAAUUCAUUACCAAGUACAAUUUUGAUGAUGAAGAUGGCCAAUGGUGUAACUUCAAAUUAGAACUUUCAGGUGAUACUGAAAAAUUGUUGAUGGUCAAUAUUGUGGAAGAUAUCUGUAGAAAAUCCGUUAUUAGAGAAGUUCCUCACAUUAGCCGUUGUAUUCCUGGUGAACCUGUGGGUGAUAGGCGUAUGUUGACCACGGAAGGUGUGAAUUUCCAAGCAAUGUGGGAUCAAGAAAUGUUCAUUGAUGUGGAUGGUAUAAGAUCCAACGAUGUUGCAGCUGUUCUACGCACUUACGGUGUGGAAGCGGCAAGAAAUACCAUUGUUUACGAAAUCAACAAUGUGUUUUCUCGUUACGCCAUUAGUGUUUCUUUCCGUCAUUUGGACUUAAUUGCUGAUUUAAUGACAAGACAAGGUAACUAUUUGGCAUUCAAUAGACAAGGUAUGGAAACCUCUACUUCUUCAUUCAUGAAGAUGUCCUAUGAAACUACAUGUCAGUUUUUGACCAAGGCCGUUCUGGACAAUGAUCGUGAAAAAUUGCAAAGUCCAUCUGCAAGAAUCGUUUUGGGUAAGUUGAAUAACGUUGGUACGGGAGCUUUUGAUGUUUUGACGAAGAUUCCAAAUUCUGUAUAA